GUGACAUAUCACUGUCAUUCACUACUUUUUCUGAUAUCCGUCACGAUAAUGGCGAUAAAUCAUCGUACGGAAAUUAUCGCCAGACUUUUUACGUUGACGUAACAGAGAAAGCUCCCUGUCUUUAUUCACUUUAUUCUCUGUCCUCCGGGGACAGCCUGGGUGUCUGUCCAUGGUGCUAACCCACCCCCCAAAAAAACCACUGUCCAUGGUGCUGAAACGCGCCGCCCAAAGACGUGACUUUGUACUUGUGCCCUUAAUCUCUCUGGACCGGGUGCAGACGACGGCCCGUGUCUCCGUGUCUCCGUGUCUCCGUGGCGGUUGGCGGCGUUGAUACUGCGGUGUUUCAGGCUCACACGGGCGGGGGUUAACGUUCGGCUGCUGUGUAUAACGUUUUACCGAUGGCUCUCGUGAUGUUUUCAAACGUUGCAGAAACAACACGAGUGUCUUGAACGCAGCCCGCUCGCAGCAUUACAGUAACAAGACGUACAGCUGCUCCCUCCCUCCCUUCCUCCCUCGCUCCCCCCUGAACGCCUCAUCCUCCGCUCUUCUCGCGAUAGAGCGGCGGAGCGGUUUGACAGGCAGUCGAGGUUGCAGCAGGCAGAGGGAGACGGUGGAAGGUAAAGCAGGGAGGCAGCAUCAUGGCGGACAGAGACAGUGGCAGUGACCACGGCGGGCCCACGGCAGGCCCCGGCACGCUGCCCCCGGGCGCGAUGGGCGUCAUGUCCCGGCUCCAGCACGACACCGAGGAACUCGCCUCCAAACGCGUCGACAUCCAGAACAAACGCUUCUACCUUGACGUGAAGCAGAAUGUGAAAGGCCGCUUCCUAAAGAUAGCCGAGGUCGGGGCUGGAGGAAACAAGAGCCGCCUGACUCUCUCCAUGUCCGUGGCCGUGGAGUUCCGUGACUAUCUCGGGGACUUUAUCGAACAUUACGCCCAGCUGGGCCCGAGCAACCCGGACAUGGUGCAGGAUGAGCCCCGGCGGGCGCUGAAGAGCGAAUUCCUGGUGCGGGAGAAUCGGAAAUAUUACAUGGAUCUGAAGGAAAACCAGAGGGGGCGGUUCCUGAGGAUCCGACAGACCGUUAAUCGGGGGCCCGGUCUGGGGAGCACACAAGGCCAGACCAUCGCUCUGCCGGCUCAGGGUCUCAUCGAGUUCCGUGACGCUUUAGCCAAACUCAUCGAUGACUACGGCGUGGACGAAGAGCCGGCGGAGCUGCCGGAAGGCACGUCGCUCACCGUCGACAACAAGCGCUUCUUCUUCGACGUAGGCUCCAACAAGUACGGAGUCUUCAUGCGGGUCAGCGAAGUCAAGCCCACGUACCGAAACUCCAUCACGGUUCCGUGCAAAGUGUGGUCCAAAUUCGGCAACACCUUCUGUAAAUACGCGGAGGAGAUGAGGAAGAUCCAGGAGAGGAGUAGAGAGAAGCGGGCCUCCGAACUGCUACCUGAGGGCCCGCACGGAGGAGACGACGGCGACGACGACUGACGUGGAUUUUUUUUUUUUUUUUUUUUUUUUGUUGGUUGGGUUGGGAGAGCCGCAUAUGAGACACUUUUAACUGUAAAAUAGAAAGAAUUUCCCAAGGGAAUCACCCCACACACACAACCUUCACAGCCGUAGCAGAGCCUCUGCUAUCUCCUCGCUCAUUUUACUGGAUGACACCCCACUUACCACCAUGUAACAGUAAGCCGCUGCUAUCAAGGAUGGAACUUUUUCCAGAGGUGGCGCUCUGGUCGUGUUGAGGUGAUUGGUCCAGACGACAGGGACAGGAAUGACAUUCAGAGUGAUCUUCUUUGUGGCAGUUCUUCAUCAAGGUGGUCAUUGUUUUUAUUUUGUUUGUUUUUUUUUUCUAAAGGUUUUUGUCUACCACACUGUCAUUGGGUGAUUUGUAUAUUUUUGUUGCUCGGUCGCUGUCAUGUGACCUCAUCAUCUCCGAAACCUGGAAGUGGACAAACUGAAGCGUAGAGCUGAUCUAUAGAAAUAGCUGCUUCUCUUCCCCCCCACCCCCCACCCCCACACUGUUGCAUGUGUUCGGUGUCAGAGCGCUCUGAUGGCUCCAGCUGUGGGUGCUUUGUCUGCUCGUUCCUUCUGUCCUGUAGGGGGUGCGAUUCCUGUUUCUGAGCGCUUUUACAGAAACAGGCCUAUAAACAGCAAACCUCCACAAACCAAGUGUGUGUGUGGGGGGGCAGGGGGUGCCAGCGUGGGUCGGGGGGGGUGUGACCCGCCUCUGCUAAACUGUGUACAGGUAUUAACUCAACUUCCAUCCAGAAGAGUCUCCGACACCCGAACCUGCUCUCGUUCUGGUUUCAGUGUUGCAGUCCUUCAUUGGCCGCUCACAGUCCUUGGUUACUUACUCAGCCAAUCACAGCCUUCGCUCAAAGUCAAGCACUAUAUGACUCAUCACAAACCACUGACAGAGGAGCUCAUUCAGCUCGACCCUGUGUUUGCACAUGCGCCCAGUUCUGGGGGUCCGUCCCGUCCGUAGACCACGUAGGCCACUGUCCAGUUACGGAGGCGUUCUUUUAGAUGUUCUGAGGAUGAUGGGAAAUCAGUCCCUGGAUUUUAAGGCGUGGGGUCAAUGCACAAUGAACAUAUCUCAUGUCACAAUUUGUUCUAACCCCCCCUGCCCCCCCGCUCCCCCUCCCCUUGACUCUCUUCACCAUUCCCACAUGAGAAAACAUGUUGUAUCUUUCAAAACUAUUUUAUCUGUGGUGUGUGUGAGUGUGUGUGCGUGUGUGUGUGUUAUAUAUGAUGCUCCUCCUUUCAGAAAAUAUAACGUAACAGGAAAAACAUAUUGCUGUUUUUUUUUUCCUUUGUAUUUUAUACUUACAGAAAGCAUUGAAUAAAUGGAUAAAUACUUGCACUUUAGAUAUAUUAAGAAGAGUAAAAUCUGCAUAUUAUUUUUGAUAGGGAUCUCACAUUCAAAGAGUAUAAAUUACAGGCUUUGUGACUAUUGCUGGACAGAGAUGUAUUGAGUUCUACUUAUUGAAGUAUAUUUUGUCUGUGUGUCAGAAGGUUUACUAAAGUAAAUUGCAUGAUAAAUAGUGCUACACGAUAUUGUUCUUUUUUUUUUAGUUGGUGAAAAAUGUCUGAAAACUGUGAUAACACCCCCGCCCCUCUUUUCCCCCCCUGCCCCUGUAUCAUGUUUAACCUGCCCUCACCCCCUCCUCCUAGACGAUUUCUUACCUAAAUAUGGCCUUUCCUGACCACAUGACGAUGGUGCUUACUUUGGCUUUGACAUCCAGCUCGUCCUGAACAUCUCCACUCCGUCAUAACUCUUGUCCUCAUUUUCAUUUCUUUCUGUUAUGUACUUUUGCAACCUUAAUAAAUUUCUGUUGAUGGCAAAAAAAAAAA